AUGGAGAUAUCAAAGUUGAAGCAUGAGUUGUUCAUGAAGAUGUAUACACCAUUGCCAAAUGCACCAACAGUUGGACGUCCACUUACUCAUUCAUUGGUUUAUAGACUGUGGAUAUUGAGACAGUUCAAUAUGCGUCAGUUUGACAGCUUUGAUACAAUGAUGAUAUGGUUCAAACGACAAUUGUACACAUUCAUGGAGGGCGUGCAAUGCAUGCUUAAGGAGCGCUCACAAAUGCUUCGCGUCCACUGCUACAACCUGGAGAUGGCGAUGAUGGACUCGCAGCCGGCCAGCACAGCCGACCCGGCUUACCAGCAGCACCUCCAGACGCUGGACCGCUUCGUUGGCGACAUUAUAAAGAGCGCGCACACCAGUCCAAACAACCGGAACGCCGACAUUGUGCUGGCGUCCGAGUACCUGAUCGAGCCAAUCCCCAUCCUGUUCCCGCUCAACACGCUGAUGUUUGAGGACAUGCUCUUCUACAUCCUGUUCGAGUUCAACAACGAUGAGAUUGUGUUUGUGGGCAACGACGCGCUGGUCACAAGCGCCAGCAUCAUGCCAUUCGCGCGCGCACUCCGCAUCUCGGAGCCAAUGACGCGCAUCUGCCAUCUGAACUGUUUCUCCACGGCCUAUCAGGCCGAGCUGCGCGAGGAGCACUUUGUGCGUCUAAAGACAUCGCUUGACACUAUCGAACACAUGGUGCUGGAGAACACGGCGGCGAUCCAGACGGACAUACCCACGGCCAACCUGCUAAAGGAGACGCUGAAGAAGAUUGCCGGGUGGCUGCUCAAGCUGCUGAGCGACGUGCAUUCACACAAGACAGAGACGCCCACGCGCGACAUUGAGAUUGCCUGCGCAGUCUAUAUUCAAUCUCGCGAGAUGUGGAGCAAGCUGGCCAGCGGCAACAAGGCCCCCGCUGGUACCAAGUCGUCGACCGAGGCCAACUUCACCUCGUUUGUCGUGUCGUCCGUCUCGUGCCAUUAUAGCCGUCUGUCCAAGCCCUUCCGACCAAUGACACUGGACAACUUUAGCACGUUUGUCGAGGCGCUGAUGCCCGAGAUCACGCUCAACCUCAACAUGUACACGCGAGGUUUCCUCAAGGUGCAUUCUGCCGCGUCCGCGACGGCGCUCACUGAGUUUGUCAAACUUUACUCGGCGGACCUUGCCGUCGUGUUUGAGAACGUCGGCUUCCUGUCGCCCAUGGUGAUCCAGUCGGUGCAGAGUGCCGCGCAGUUCCAGAUCUUCCUGCAGGAGCUCAAGGUGCUGCCACACGAGGCGCUGCCGCACCCGUCACGCUACGUCAGCAACGUCGUGUCGUCGUGGUGCCAGAACCAGGAGAAGUCGUUCCGCAACUGGUCCGACAACAUCUUCCACCUGGACAAGUUCACCGCCAUCGACAAGACGAUCAAGCAUUCGUCGUCUGUCGUCGACCUGUUCCAAAUGUUCUACCAAACGAUCAACACACUCGAGAAGAUGCGUGGCUCGCUCUCGUCGUCCUUUGGCACAUUCGUCAUCACCCUUUCCAACAUGUUCAAGGCCUCGCUCAUGGACUACAAUAGACGCAUCAUUCAAAUCACCAGCUGUCAACUCAAACAACACCUCUAUCCCAACUCUCUGAACGAGCGCAUCCAGAAGAAGGGCUUCCGAAAGAGCUUUAGCAGCGUCUCGACGAGCGGCGGUGGGGCACAUGGAUCAUCGUCGGGCGCGUCGACCAAACACGACGAGCUUGGCGUGGCAGUGGACCUGGCAUCGCGUCAGCCCAUCGCGGUGUUGUGCGUGUGCCUCAACAACCUUGACUUUAUCGAGCAGAACAUCAUCAAGUACAUUGAGUACCACUCGUACGACAUUGUUGAGGUGAAGCGCGCACUGUCUGAUCUCUUCCUCUCGGUGCACACGGCCAUCAAAGAUACGUCAUCCAACCUGAUCGACUAUAUAGGCGCCAAGAUAGUCUUUGUCGAUCUCCGCGCACAUUUGCUCGACCACAUGUACCUGGCGCCCCUGUCCAAACAAUCAAGGAUCGAUCAGCCCCUCGAACUCCUCAAUCCACACCUCAAGGCAAUCUACGCCAACACCCAGACGAUUGAGCGAGGCAACGACCUGCUGACAUCAGUGUGUCGGCACUUCCUACAGAUGAUGGAGUACGUGCUGCUGUACUCUGGUCCGACGCGACACUAUAACACGGGCGAGACACAAUGGAUUGAGGAGGAUUUGGAGACGGUGAAGGAGUUCUUUUUGGACCGCGACGACCAGGGCCAUGCCAAUGGCGUGGAAGAGCGAGUCUAUGAUAGAUGUGCAGGCGAGUUGACCAAAGUCUGCAAUGUACUAAUGGAUCAACCAAGUUCCAAAGUCAAGUUCCUCACCAAGUAA